AUGACCAGCCAAGACGAAGCCAGACCGCCGUUCCCACCCUUCACCGAGGAAACCGCGAGGAUCAAGGUGAAGGCUGCCCAGGAUGGAUGGAACUCCAAAAACCCCGCAAAAGUGAAGAUGGCUUACACGCCCGACUCCAUCUGGCGCAACAGAGACACUUUUCUCCAGGGUCGAGAUGGAAUUGAGCAAUGGCUCACCAAGAAGUGGGAGAAGGAGAAUGGCUACCGACUGCGCAAGGAGUUGUUCGCCUUCACCGAUAACAAGAUUGCCGUCCAAUUCUGGUAUGAGUGGCAUGAUGAGUCGGGACAAUGGUGGCGGACGUAUGGUCUCGAGGAUUGGACCUUUGCUGAGAACGGGCUUAUGCGCAAGAGACAGAUGAGCGGGAACGAUGUCAAAAUUGAAGACACAGAGAGGUGGUUCCGGGAUGGCGUUGAUGUGAAUACCGUUGAUAUCUCUGAGAGGCACUGUAUGGCUCGUGUUCCUGGCGGCAGGUGUAAAAUCACUGUCGAAGAUGCGCCGCCAUGUCUUGAGAUUUGGGGAAAUGUUAUCAAUCAGAUGAGGAACGAGACAGGCACAUAUCUUGUCAAGACAUUCCAUAGAAGGCCAAUGUUCGAAAUACCAAAAACAGGCGUAAAUAUGACUAGCAAGCCGCCCACGAGGAAUUCGCGAGUUCUCCACGAGGCGGGAAGUGUCAAGAUCCUUAGGCCAGCACAUGGGCGGCACGCUCCUGACUCUCAUGGAACACAUCUUGCCAGCGAAGAUAGGAAGGAGCUUGACGCCACGAUCCAAAGAGGCGGUUAUGGAGACCAGAGAGACGAUGCGAGAGCUAGGGGAAGGGAGAGGCCCCUGCGCGAGGACGAGAUGAUGGCAAUUAGCAAAGCAUCAACCUCGGCCGACGGUCCGCGUUGUUAUAUGAGAUUGCCCGAAUCUGUCAUCGUUCCAAUCAAGGCUUUUGAGGACAGCUUGCAUAUGAUCACGCCGCGUUCAGAGCAGUCACAGAUACACACAAUGGUCAUUUUGCGGCACGAUAGGCGAGCCAAUACCUUGUACAGGACGCAGCUGGAAACAUGCCCGGCGAUCUGUUCCUCUCGGGCCGGAAGCAGCGUCGCAAUCGGGUAA